GCCAGCCCCACUACGAAUUUUACACACCCACACAGAAUUAACAACUCGAGUGUUUUGCGAAAUCUCCUCUCCUACUCUCGCGUCCAACGUCCAACACCAACUAACCCGAGCAGCUCAGUCAAAUCACCAAGCCGCUACAAUGGUUAACCACAGAGUCACCUACCGCCGCCGCAACGGUUGGAACACGAGAAGCAACACUACCCGUACCAUACGUACCCCCGGUGGUGAGCUCCGCGUGCUGCACAUCAAGAAGCGAGGCACCGUCCCCAAGUGUGGUGACUGCGGUUCCAAGCUCUCAGGCAUUCCCGCUCUCCGACCCCGCGAGUACUCUCAGAUCUCCAAGCCCCAGAAGACCGUCCAGCGCGCCUACGGUGGUUCCCGAUGCGGUAACUGUGUCCGCGACCGUAUCGUCCGAGCUUUCCUCAUUGAGGAGCAGAAGAUCGUCAAGAAGGUGCUCAAGGAGCAGGAGCAGAGCCAGAAGAAGAAAUAAAUGCAAUUUCCAUUGCUAGGUUAGGCUUUGCGUGGGAAAGGCAAGGAACUCUGAGGACUCGGUUCAUUGCUUUGGUGUUCAUUAGGCAAAAAGGGACUGCAUGAUACAUCGGGCCGGUGCCAAAUGGUUGGCCGUCCGCCGUCUUAGGACUGCUACUAUCCUCUUGGUGACUUGAAUGAGAAAAGAACAUCAAGCUGGCGUGGACUGUGCAUGAGUGAUGAAGUAUCGUUGGUGUGGCGAAGGUGUUAAAAAUUAUGACCAUGAAAGUGACAUAAAAGUUACCGGCGGCAAUUGGUUCAAAUUACAUCCACUUGGAUUGUCAAUAUGUGUCUCAUUGAUUCAUUGUCAUUUAAA